AUGCAGCCGUUUUGCGAUGGCACUCACAAACUGGAUGGUCUUACAAACGUGCGGCCCGUCAAGUUCCAGGUUGAAAAAAGCGGCGAGUAUGGUUUAUGCAACUGCAAACAGACAUCAACUAGACCAAUCUGCGACGGAACCCAUAAAGGGGUAGGCUUCGCUCCAAAGGAUUUGCACGCUACCCGAAUGGUUAUGUUCGGCGAUAACUCGCCAGUAUAUGAUGGAGUUGCCCGUAAACUUGGUUAUAAACCGAAGAGCGUAUUUUGUCCCUUUUGUGGAUCAAUGCUGCAGAUUGAGGAAAGUGAUUCAUGUAUGCAGUUUUCGUGCCCCUCUUGUCCAUAUAUUUGUCCAGUAACUAAAAAGGUUAGCAGUCGAAUAUAUCCUAAACUCAAGGAUCUUGAGGAAGUCCUUGGAGGACCGUCAGUUUGGGACAAUGCUCAGAUAUAG